GGGCUACGGAGACUCUUUGCAUCGCGGAGUAGUGACCCAGCAAUUGCGAUUGUGCGCGGGAAAACCUCUAUACCGCCAAUUGAGCCUCGAGCGUACGGAAGCCCCGGAGCUCCCCGUCCCACCAUCAGAGCAUACACAAGAAAAGGGCGAUUGAGAGGAAGACAGAAUGGCGCGCACAGUCGUAGGCUCAGCGGUAGUAGUGCGCGAGAAGUACUACUGGCCAGACGCGCAGCUCAACGUCUGGACGAUUGUAAUGCUGGCCACGGCGGGAACCAUAUUAGGCGUCUUUGCGCAGUUUAUGAUGAUCCAGAGUCAGAUGAGAUUGGGGACGCCUUGGAUAAUGCCCUACGGCGUAACUGUCGGCGCCCUGACCAUCAUCUGCAUCCUCAUCAUGCUGAUCCUGAUUGCGCAACGGCGGCUGCUCCCCGGCGUCAUGAUGCUAGCCAGCUUCAUCCUCUUCGUCCUCUUCGUCACCGGCAUCAUCGGCACCGCGCUGCAACUCUUCUCCGGCCCGAAUAUAAACCAGCUGUGUCAAACGUAUGUGAACAAUCAGAGACCGCGUGACCAAAACGUGAUUACGUUGGCGUGGUUGCAGCAGCAGAACAUCUGUCAAUGCUGGGACGCAGUCUUCGCCUUCUGGAUCAUCGGGAGCGUCUUUUUCGUCUGGAUGAUGGUCAUGGCCAGCCAAGUCAACCAAAACCAGUACGACUAGCCACAGCCGUCUCCUCUUGUUCUCUCCUCUCCAACCCCUAUUCGACCACACUCGACACCGAAACCACAAUCCAUAUUUCUUGUAUAUUCCUACUGACGCAGGUAUUGAAGUAACGAGG